AUGCUCUCUAGACGUCACCUGUAUCCGGAGCUAGGGAUUACCUUACUUGAAGCUCGUAAGGGGACUAGAAUUUGGUUUGAUCGAUAUGUAGGAAGGGAUAUGAACGCGCAUUCGCGUGGAAUGCCUUUGUAUGAAUUAAAAAUGGAGGCCGGCAACGUAGAAAAGCCGAAUAUAUCAAAGACAAAAAUAAUAACGUCUGAUGCAGGGGGAGAAAGUGAUACUUCCGAUUCGAUGGGAAGGGCUGAUGUACAGCCGGGAUCGUUCAUCAACCCCCUGCUUUCUAUGAUCAAAGCUCAUAUUUCAACAAUCUACCCUACUUCCGAACGAGAUCAAGAAAUCCAUAUAACAGCCUAUUUUGGUAAAGAGCUCUUUUUCAAUAUACCGAAUGAAUGUCAAGGGGAUUUCUUUACUUACGACGAUUGGCGUUCAGUCAAGAGGGAUGGCGACGAGGGAAUGAGGAGUAGUUAUCAGCAUAGUUGUAACUUAUUUGAAGGAUAUGGAAAGAUUGAAAGAAUGGACUUGGAUUUUAUGAGGAGUAAUGGAAUGAGGAUGAGACACGGGUACGACAUAAACGAAAACAGUUUAAGUGUCACCAUUUAUUUCCGAGAUGAAGGUGACGAAUGGAAGGUCAAACUGAAGUAUGAUGAUAAAGAAGCCCGCUGGAAACCCACCAAACUCGUUCGCUCACUCAGGCGCGUCAUUCUUCUUGACAUUAUCUCGGCAACCGGUGCUCCUGAUGUUCGCUUUACGGUAAAAACCCAAAAGCGCGUUCCGAUUAGUGAAAAAAUCGAUAAUAUUAUCAAAGAAGUUCAACAAGACAAGAAUAAAGAAUCACGUGGAUCCGCUGAAUCCAGUGAAAGUAGCGCAGAUGCGCGCGGAGAGGACAAAUAUCAAAGUGGCAGGAUGAGAAUAGUAAAUAAUCAUGACGGUGGAAACCCGCAUUUUACUUUGGAGGACGAGAAAGGGAAAAGGGGACAGAGACAGUUGACAUUCUCUAUAGAGGAUUUCAAGGGUAAACUAUCCGUAACUAGAAUUGAGGAAAUUCUGACCAAGCAAAAAUUUUCCACUGACACCUACCGCUUAUUACUCUGCCGAACUUUAUACUCUGCUGUGACCGGCCACAUUUCUCAAAAUCUCAAUGUCAAAAUGAAACAUUACAAAUGGGUUGAUCUCAAAUGUCCGCAAGAAUCCAGUACUGACGAUGAUAGCGACGACGACGACGCGGAUAAGCGACGUACGGAAAAUCUACAGAGGAAGGUUCAUGCGCUCACGAGAAGUAUAGAAGAUGGUGUGAUGUUUGCGCGGGUCCUAUGUAAGAAAAUUGCAAAACUUUAG